GAUGGUGAACUGGCUGUGUGAAGGAGUACGUGUUUUCACCAGCAUCGAGGGUUGAAAACCCAUCAUAAAUCGCCAACAUGGGUCGUCGUUCGAUAAAUACAACAAAAAGUGGGAAAUAUAUGAAUCCCACUGACCAAGCACGAAAAGAAGCAAGAAAAAGAGAACUGAAAAAGAAUAAGAAGCAGCGAAUGAUGGUCCGCAGUGCAGUCCUCAAGACUAAGGAUCCAAGCGGGAUCUUCAACGACUUGGAAGCUUUGGAUGAAUUAGAGUUGAACCCUGAGACGGUGACAGAACUGAACGAGAAGGUCAUCAAAGACAAGAGAAAGAAACUUAAGGAGACCUUGGACAGGGUCCUUAAACUUUAUAGACGAGAGGACCCGGAUACCUAUGUGGAGUUCAAAGCCAUGGAGGUUGACUACGAAAAGAAGAGAGCAGAAAAACUGAGGAAAUUUGAGGCAAUCCGAGAUGCUAGACAAGUAAACGUUGAGUCCAUUCCACUCCCAGAUACACCAGACAUGCCCUCAUUGAUCCCAUUGCCCCAGGACAUUCCUCUACCCGGUGCCCAGCCGCCCUCCAUCUUAAAAAGAACCUCAGCCUUUGGCAUUCCUUUACCUCCGCCGGGCCCCCCUCCUGGUCCCCCUCCAAGCAUCGUACCGGGUUUGCCUCCAGGGAAGAAACCUCCCGGUGCCCCACCGGGUCUGCCACCCUAUGCGACCGGCCCCUACGCACCUCGAUCACCCCCUAGGGUGUCCUUUGCUGGGCUGGCACCUCCAGAGGAAAGUGAACCAUACAAUCCAGAACAAGAUGUGUCUGACAUUGAGGAUGAGGAGAACAUGGAUGAUGCAUCCUCAUCCUCCUCCUCAUCCGGAAGCGAAGACGAGGAUGAAGACGAUGAAGACGAUGAAGAUGAUGAUGAUGAUGAAGACCAAGUUGAAGGUGAUGAAGAGAGGCCGCCAGCUGCCACAACAGAGGAUUAUAGUCAGAGAGAAUUAGAAGGGAGGCGCCCAAGAGGUGACAAGGAACGGAAGAAAGAAAUGCGCCUACCACCAGGGAUGACCGCCCUCCAAGCUGCCAUGCUGAGGAUGGCUGGUCAAGAAGUCCCUGUGGUUGAAGAAGACGAAGAGGAAGAGGAUGAGGAGAUGGAGGAGGAAGAAAAGAGGAGAGAAGGAACAGAAAACAAACCAGAAAGUCUUCAGAGAGUCGCCGUUGUUCCAGUUUUACCGCCACGCCCCCCUCCGGGGAUACCACUAGUACAGCCAGGUGUCGUUGCAAUACCACCCGGUCCGCCUCCUGGUCCCCCAGUUCGCCCCCCUCCUGGACCCCCACCAGGGUUUCCGCUGCCGAACUUUGUACGACCUCCCCUCCUUCGGGGAAUGCCGCCCAGGAUGCUACCUCCAGGACCCCCGCCGGGUAGACCUCGCGCACCUCCUCCCGGUCCCCCUCCGGGCGUGCCGCCAUUGAUCCGCAGAGCACUUCCCCCACAUCGAUUACCGCCCCCGCCAGGGCUUGGACCUCCUCCCGGCAUGAUGCCGCCUAGGAUGCGUCCCCCUGUUCCUGCUGCUCAGCACGAGAACCCGAACGUACUCAGUGCUCCGCCGAGCAUCCACAAGCUCCCGAUGAAGCCGGAUGACAUCACUGUCGAGAAGAAAUCGUCAGCGACGAUAGAAGCCAAACCACAGAUCCGAAAUCUCCAGGCCGAUGUCACGAGGUUCAUGCCGACAUCGCUGCGAGUCAAAAGAGACAAGGGCAAGUCAAAGGGACAGAAAUCUGAUUCAGGCAUGGAAGAAAAGCUCAUUAAGUCAGUACCAGUGCCCAAGGCGCAGCCCACUGUGCCAACAGCGACCAAGGAUGACGCAUACGAUCAGUUCAUGAAGGAGAUGUCGGGACUUAUGACUGUCCAGGAAGAAGAAACAUGAGGGGACAUGGAAUAAUCAAUGUUAACCUUUUUUACUGUGACUUUUUAUAAAAGUUGUCCAUCGUAGGGUCUAAUGUUACUAAUGCGCUGUUGUUGACUGUAAGAUGUAACCACAAUUGGUUAUCGCAGAGGAUAUUCUCAUGCUGCAAGUUAAGGUCAAGCAGUAGAAGGAGACUAGGGCCCAUUUUUGUAAGCUCGUAGUAAGCACACACAAAUUGCUUAGCACCGAGAAUUCUUGCUGAGCAUAAACGGGUUAUCAACCAAAAUGCCAUAAAAUGUUGUCUGUGACUGGUUCCAUGCUUUUUUGGGCUGAGCAAAAAAAAUUGAUGACCACAAGUUUCCAUUUAGUCAAUCAUCGCCCAAUUUUAAAAUUGAUUGAAAUGACCCCCAUUAAACCAUUCUGUUCCAGGUUUUUAUUUCAAGUCAUUGAGAAAGAACUAAUUGUUUUUUGUUAAAAAAUGUGGAAGCAAAAAUAAAAGAUCCACCAAGAAUAUGUGUUUCCCUCCCACCCUGAAUAAUGCUUCUUUUGUAACAAACUGUUUAUAGACCUAGUACUGGAAAUUGUUUCAGGUGUGUUGAUUUCUAUCCAGUAAUAGAUUUUUACAAAUUACAACCUGGAAACCCUUUUUUUCCCGGAUAUGACAGUAAAACUCCCUUAUCAUACUGAGAGUUGUUCAUUAAAAACCUGAUUUUUUUCUUUUUUUUUCAGGAUUACCAACAAAAUUUCCAUUUGUUGAAUAUUGCUUGUUACUGGUAUUCAGCAAUAGUUUGCUUAUCCUUAAAAUCACGCUGAAAUUCGGUUGGUAAUCCUGUUUUUACCUAGGAAGAAAUUUCAUGCUAAGCAAAUUUUUGUGCUUAGCAGCUCUAUGAAAUUGGGCCCUGGUUGUAUCGUAAACUUGGUUAAGAUCCCUGGCUACUUGGUUACAGGUUGUAACAAACAUUAGCGCCUAGAUAGCUUAGUUGACGAGCACUGGCAGGUUAAUCUGGAUGUCGCAGAUUCAAGUCUUGCUCUAGUAAUUUUUUUCUUUGCUCAACUUGAAGUAAAAAACCAACAAGAUACUUCUGUCGCUCAAUUUAGACCCUGUACUUUUCAAUAUCAAUAUCAUUUGUUUCGUUCAACUCGUCAAUGCGUUUAUUGCAGAGAAAGAAUCAAUCGAGUUUUUACUGGUUUAAUUUUUAGAAAGACUCUAUUUUCCACCUGGAAAUGUUUGUAUAGUCCACAAGUUAACAAAUUGAAGAAGCAGCAAUUAAACAGAUACUUGCAAAAUA